UGACAUCACAGUCAUGCGGCGCGUUGACUCUCUGCUGGACCGUUUACUGUAAUAUUAGGGUUAACAAUCAUUGCUGUCAUUCGCCUUUUGGCCGUUUUUAACCCCUGCCAUGUGUUUGUAUAGUCCUACUUGUUAAUGUGUAACUUCUAAAAAGCGAAAGGGCAGGCUACAGAUGUUGAAAUCGCAUUUUCAAAGUAGCAAACGCGUGCAGAACACACUUCGAAUACUUAUUUGUUUAAAACAACUUGACUAUUUAAAGUAAUUACGGGAAGAAUGGCCGCCUUGCGUGCAGCAAAGCAAGCUUUAAGGAAAGAAAUAAAGCGGCGUGUAGCAGGAUUAACUGACGAGGAGAAGUUACGACAGUCUUUGGUCCUCUCCAAACAGUUGUUCAGACACCCGAAGUAUGUGUCCUGCAAGAGGAUCGCAGUGUUUCUGAGCAUGCAGGAUGAGGUGCGCACAGAGGAGAUCAUCAGAGACGUGUUUAAAUGUGGAAAAAGCUGCUUUAUUCCCAGAUAUGAGAGCAGCAGCAACCACAUGGACAUGUUGCAACUCCGCAGUCUGCAGGACAUGGAGACUCUGCCGCUCACUGCGUGGAAUAUCCGGCAGCCUGCAGCAGAGGACAGCAGCAGAGAGGAGGCACUUUCAGCAGGUCUGGAUCUGAUCCUGAUGCCAGGCCUGGGUUUCGACAGUCUGGGGAAGCGUCUGGGAAGAGGGAAAGGGUUCUACGACACCUACCUGGAGCGCUGUAUGAAGCACCCCAAAGGAAAGCCCUACACCAUCGCCCUCGCCUUCAAAGAGCAGCUGUUUCCAGAAAUCCCUGUUGACGACAAUGAUGUGCUUAUUGAUGAAGUCCUGUAUGAGAUAGAUGAAUAGAUAAUCAACAGUUAAGGUGAAAUUAUAGAGACAAAUUAUAACAUUUCAAUAAGUUCAGUGGUUCAGAAAUGAAGGAAAAUGGAGGCAUCGCAGGAACAGAAGUGUAUUUCCUGCAAAUACAUGCUUUUGCAUAUUUCCAGGGAGUUACUUUUCUUGCUGUUUUUGUGCAAAAAGGCAAUUAAAAAAACCCUGUUAAUUGAUUACUGAUAUUGCAUACAAUAAUUGAAGAUACAUGCUUCAAUUGAAGAUGCAAGUGUCACUUUAAUGCUUCUACUCUAAAAGUGACAAUUUAAUUUCUUCAGAGAGAUUGAACACAUUGCAGUUUUGAUUACAAUGAUUCAAAUAUAUUAUAAAGAUCUUUACAAGCAAA